CGGCCUGGUGAAAGGAUGCAGGAACACUCCCCCACCCGCGCCCCCGAGAAAGGCGAACGCGCAGCGCGAGGUUCCGGGUCCGCCAGGCUCCCGGCAUGCAGCGCUGCAAUCCCGGCGAGCACCUUGGCGCGCGGAGCUGGCACCUUGGCGCGGCCGGCGGUCGCGGCGGGGACAGCUGUGAAGUGUGAGGUUUUUGGUCUGCUGGCAGCUAGGGGCGACGAGGCGGGACGUCAUGGAAGUGUGUUUCAGUUACUAACUGAUCUGAAAGAACAGCGUAAAGAAAGUGGAAAGAAUAAACACAGCUCUGGACAACAGAACUUGAACACCAUCACCUAUGAAACGUUAAAAUACAUAUCAAAAACACCAUGCAGGCACCAGAGUCCUGAGAUUGUCAGAGAAUUUCUCACAGCAAUGAAAAGCCACAAGUUGACCAAAGCUGAGAAGCUCCAGCUGCUGAACCACCGGCCUGUGACCGCCGUGGAGAUCCAGCUGAUGGUGGAAGAGAGUGAAGAGCGGCUCACGGAGGAGCAGAUUGAAGCUCUUCUCCACACCGUCACCAGCAUUCUGCCUGCAGGGCCAGAGGCUGAGCAGAAGAAGAAGACCAACAGCGACGUGGCAAUGGACGAAGAGGACCCAGCGUAGAAGAGCACAGCUGGCCCUGGCGUUUCAUGAAGUCAGAACGCCCAGCAGCCGUUUCCUGGAUGUUGAGAGGAUUGUUUAUUUGAUUAUACCCUCUAUCCCGGCAGGCCUGGCUUCGUGGUUAGUUGGGUAAUCACAAAAAUAAGCUAAAAAGAAAUAUUUGUGCCUUGGGGAGAAGAAACAUGGUGAAGACAGGCUGAGGUUGUCAGGGCAGAGAGCUGAAGGUGGGGACAGUGACCGUGGACCCCUCUGUGCUUGAAAGAUUUCCUCCACGGCCUUUGCCCCAGUUGUGGGGAGGUCUCUAUACACAGCGGGGAAAAUGCUUGUGUCUUCUUUGGUGGGCCAUGUCCUAAUUAGUUUCAUCUGCUUCCCUGGGAACUUACUAAACAGGGGCUCAGAGCACUGUUGGGAAUCUGGUUAGAGCCCCAGAGAGUUACUCUAAGUUAAAAUGAGUCACUGACCUUGGCUCACCUUAGAGGAAUUUCCUCGAGAACAACAGAGAUAAGAAAAGAACCGGCCUGGCCAAUCCUUCAACAGCUCUAGAGCCCCUUUUCUCUGCUGGCAGGGGCUUUGUUUACCAGCUCACUGUUUAGGCUAAAUGUUAGGGACCAGAUCACUGCAGUUGAAAACAGGCACUCCAGGCUUAGUGACAGUGGCAGCAGAAACAAUGUUGGCUGCCUUCCUGACCACCCCACUUUCCUGCCCUGAGACAGCAGCCCAGGGCAGGUGAUUCAUAUUGAGACCAGGUGAGCCUCAUUUGCACAACAGUCAAAUUGUUUGCUCCUUUAAAAAGGACACAAUUAGCCUGGCCCGGUGGCUUAUGCUUAUAAUCCCAGCAGUUUGGGAGGCCAAGGCAGGAGGAUCACCUGAGGUCAGGAGUUUGAGACCAGCCUGACCAACAUGGAGAAACCCUAUCUCUACUAAAAAAAAAUACAAAAUUAGCCGGGCGUGAUGGUGCAUGCCUGUAAUCGCAGCUAUUCGGGAGGCAGAGGCAGGAGGAUCACUUGAACCUGGGAGGCGGAGGUUGCAGUGAGCUGAGAUUGCACUAUUGCACUCCAGCCUUGGCAACAAGAGGGAAACUUCAUCUCAAAAAAAAAAAAAUAAGAUUAUUACCAUGUGAAAACCUUUUUAAUAUUCAGGAAUUCAGGAUUUGGAAAGUGUAGUUGCCCCAGGCAUGUGGUUGUUGCCUUAGGUCCUGCGAAUAUUGCCGAAAAUUGGGUUUUCCACAUUCACUAUCUUCCCUGUUUUAGGGAAGAAAAUGAUCGUAGACAUUCGAUUUUCCAAAUUGGUAGUCUUUCAUUUUCAAUGCUAAUGGGAUUACUUCUCUGCCAACCCUCCUGCCCAUCCAUCCAUCCCACUCCUCAGGCAAUUGAUUGCAGUUCCGUGUAUCUUAACCUUACCAUCUGAGAUUCAGCUGAAAUCUGUUUAUAGGCAACAUUGAAAGUACCAGAUUAGGGUCAGGUGUGGUGGCCCACACCUGUAAUCCCCAGCACUUUGGGAGGUGGAGGCGGGUGGAUCAUGAGGUCAGGAGUUCAAGACCAGCCUGGCCAACAUAGUGAAACCCCUUCGCCACUAAGGAUAUAAAAAAAUUAGCCGAGUGUGGUGGUGCAUGCCUGUGAUCCCAGCUACUCAGGAGGCUGAGGCAGGGGAAUCGCUUGAACCCGGGAGGCAGAGGUUGCAGUGAGCCAAGAUCGCACAUUGCACUCCAGCCUGGCCAACAGGGCGAGACUCCAUCUCAAAAAAACGGAAGUACCAGAUUGUACUUGUAAAUCUCUCUAGGGUAUUGGGAAUUUUACUGGGAGCUGUUGAUUUAUUUCUCAGGGCAUAUGUGUGCUGUGUGCCGAUCUGUCUCAUUAUUGUCUCUCUUUUUUUUUUUUUUUUUGGAGACAGUCUCGCUGUAUCACCCAGGAGUGCAGUGGCACGAUCUCAGCUCAUUGCAACCUCUCCCUCCCAGAUUCAAGCGAUUCUGGUGCCUCAGCCUCCUGAGUAGCUGGGACUACAGGCAUGCGCCACUAUACCCUGCUAAUAUCUGUAUUUUUAGUAGAGAUAGGGUUUUGCCAUAUUGGUCAGGCUGGUCAUAAUGUCUCUUUUUAACACUGAAUAUGCUAGGUGGUUUUUCUUGAUGGAUUUAGGGUUAACCUAGUUAAUAAUAAAUUGUUUCCAGGUAAUUAUCAAGUUUUGUCAUCUUAUAAAUCUGAAGAGUUAAUAUUGUCAUGGAUACAAAUAAAGUGAAAUCUGACUGAA